AUGAAGAACGUCAUCGAACAGGAAAUAGUGUCGAACAGACACGGAUGUGCACGCGCUCGCGGCGAGACGUGGAUCCAGACUGACGCACCGCGCGGCCGCCAGCCCGCGGGCGGAGGGCGCUCCGCACCGGUGCGCACGCCGCGCGCCUGCCGCGCCAGGUGGGCGCGCUACUCGCUCGCAGCCGGAGUUAUGGGCGAAGCGAUAGCUCUCGAGAUAGAGCUUUUCGCUGGACUU